UCGUUGUUGUUGCUGUUGUUUCUGGUCAAGUGCUGUGAAGAGGUGGGGAAUGAAUGUUUAUGUUUCCGACUAAAGUGCUUCUUUUGUAAAUCACUUUCGAGCUCCAGAGCCAUGCAAAGGCUGAGGUUGAAGGUUGAAUUAAAAUUCCUGCACUUAUAAUUAUCUCCUGCUGUUGUCCUUUACGGACCCACAUGUAUUGUGUACCACAUACAUGUGUACAUAUGUACUUCCUUUCACCGCAUGUAUUUUCAAAUGUCAAUUAGUUGAGUUAAUUGAGCGAAAGUGCAAAAUGUGAACCGCAAUAUCGUUUAUAUAAAUUUACGGAAUUCACUCGCCUCUGUCAAUCUUUUGGCUUCUAUUGUCCCCUUGCCGCCCCUGGUCCACAGUCUUUUGGCCUUUGUUGGGGCAGCAGAGCCCUUUUGCGAGGCCAGCUUUGCGCAGUUCGAGGAGCUGUCGUUGAACAAGCGCAUGGAAGAGGCCACCGAGGAGGACGACAUCGAUGUGGAGCUGCGCCUGUCGCGCUUCGAAUACCUCAUGGAGAGGCGUCUGCUGCUGCUGAACAGUGUCCUGCUGCGCCAGAAUCCGCACAACGUUCACGAGUGGCACAAGCGGGUCAACCUGUACGAGGACAAGCCCACGGAGAUCAUCAACACCUACACCGAGGCCGUGCAGACAGUCCAGCCCAAGCUGGCGGUGGGAAAGCUGCACACCCUCUGGGGGGAGUUUGCCAAGUUCUACGAGUCCAAUGGCCAGGUGGAGGACGCCCGCGUGGUCUUCGAGCGGGGCACCGAGGUGGAGUACGUCAAGGUGGCGGAUCUGGCCGCCGUGUGGUGCGAGUGGGCGAAGAUGGAGCUGCGCCAGCAGCAGUUCGAGGCAGCCCUCAAGCUGAUGCAAUGUGCCACGGCCAUGCCCAAGCGGAAGGUGGCGUAUCACGACGACUCGGAGACAGUGCAGUCGCGCCUCCACAGAUCCCUGAAGGUGUGGUCCAUGUACGCCGAUCUGGAGGAAAUCUUUGGCACCUUCAAGACCUGCAAGGCCGUCUACGAGAGCAUCAUCGACCUGAAGAUCUGCACGCCGCAGGUGAUCAUCAACUAUGGCAUGUUCCUCGAAGAGCACAACUACUUCGAGGAGGCCUAUCGGGCCUACGAGAAGGACAUUGCCCUGUUUAAGUGGCCGAAUGUGUACGACAUCUGGAACUCGUAUCUAAGCAAGUUCUUCGCGCGCUACGGGGGCACAAAGCUGGAGCGAACAGCUCUUCGAACAGUGCCUGGAUCAGUGACCCGCUGAGCAAUCCAAGUACUU